UUAAACACACGUAAGCUCGUUGAAGAGGACGCGUUUAAAGCUAUUUAUUUCUCUUCCGUUCUUCCAAGCCGAAAACUUUCGACUACAGAGAGAACAACUGAUCAAAUCAAGUUUCUGUUUGUAACACCAAAUAUCAUCUUGAGAGGUCGGGAAAAAAUGAAUAAUGCAAAGGAAAAGAACAAGGCAUCAUCUUCCACACAAGAGCGGGAUUAUUGCGAGGUAUUCUUGAGCUUUAGAGGUGAAGACACUCGCACCAACUUCACUGACCACCUCUACAAUGCCCUCUGCGAUCGUGGAAUCCAUACGUUUAGAGACAACGAAGAACUCAGAAUCGGAGAAAAGGUCGAUCUGGCGCUUCGCUCUGCGAUCCAUCAGUCCAGAAUCGCCAUACCCAUCCUCUCAAAAAACUAUGCUACCAGCAAAUGGUGUCUCCGUGAACUUGCCGAGAUUGUGGAGUGCAGGAAACAGGUGGGCCAGAAACAAAUAAGUGUGAUGCCCAUUUUCUACCAUGUGGAUCCAUCGGAAGUCCGAAAUCAGACUGGUAGCUAUGAGUAGGCUUUUCGAGACCAUGAGAAGAAAUUCGAUUGGGAGAUCUUAGAGGGGUGGAAGAAGGCUCUGAGAGAGGUUGGUGGAUUGAAAGGAUGGGUUCUAGAGGAGAUUGCUGAUGGGCAUGAAGGGAAGUUAAUAAAAUUAAUUGUUAAAGAAGUUUGGAAUGGAUUGAGAAAGAGCCCCUUGACUGUUUCGGACAACUUGGUUGGAAUCCAUUCUCAUGUAGAAGAAAUUAAGAAGCUGCUAAACAUUGGAUCUAAUGAUAUAUGGAUCGUGGGUAUCCAUGGCUUAGGUGGCAUUGGUAAGACAACAAUUGCCAGGUGUGCGUACAAUGAAGUCUAUCAUCACUUUGAAGGAUGUUGCUUUGUAGCAGAUGUUCGAGAAACUUUCCCAACAAAGGGAUCAGUUGUCCGUAUGCAAAGUCAACUUCUCACUAAUAUCUUGAACCUAGAGAAUCCAAACAUUACUAGCAUUGAUCAAGGAAUUGAUGUGAUUAAGGAGAGAUUAUCCAAUAAGAAAGUUCUUAUUGUUCUUGAUGAUGUGGAUCAAAGUACAUAUUUAAAAGCCAUAAUCGGGAAACGUGAUUGGUUUGGUAUUGGAAGUAAGAUUAUUUUACAACCAGGGACAAAUAUAUCUUAGAUGUUGUUGAAGUAAACAAAACUUACGAGACCAAAGAAAUGGAUUCAGAUCAAUCUCUUCAACUAUUCAGCAAACAUGCCUUCAAAAUGGACCAACCUCCAGAACAAUAUUUAGUUCUCUCAAAAAAUGUGGUAAAAACUACUGGAGGACUUCCUUUAGCUCUUGAGGUUUUAGGUUCGUAUUUAGUUUGCAAAGAUGAAUCAGUAUGGAAAGAAACAGUGAAGAAGUUGACAAAAGGAAAGAAACAGUGAAGAAGUUGACAAAAAUUCCAGAUGAUGAAGUGCAAAAGAAGUUGAGAAUAAGUUAUGAUGGCUUAAUUCAUGAGGAGAGAGAGAUUUUUCUUGAUAUUGCUUGUUUUUUCAUUGGAAUGGAUAAGAAUAUUGCGUGCUAUAUAUGGGAUGGUAGUGACUUUUCCCCUAAAGCAGGAAUUGAAAAUCUGCGUCUGAAGUCAUUGGUUAAGAUUGGUGAAGAAAAUGAGUUAAAGAUGCAUGAUCAGCUAAGAGAUCUUGGAAGGGAAAUUGUUCGUCAAGAAAGCCUUAAGGAGCUCGGGGAACGUAGUAGGUUGUGGUUGCACGAUGAGGCAUGGGAAGUAUUGAGUACUAAAACGGGAACUAGGAAAGUUGAAGGGCUCUAUUUUAACUUCAGUUCGCCUAAUAACCAAUGUUUGAUAAGUGAAGGAUUUGCUACAAUGACUAAACUAAGGUUACUUCAGGUUGAGCAUGCCAAGGUUUCUGGAAAAUUCGUGCAUUCUUUUUCAGAACUAAGAUGGCUUAGUUGGAAAAGAUGCCCUAUGAAUUUUAUACCAAGCAAUCUAAGGAAAUUGUGUGUUCUUAAUCUGUCAUAUAGUUACAUCACAGAAAGCUGGAUGGGUUGGAACUAUAUCAAGGUGGCAGAAAAUCUGAAAGUUCUAGACCUGAGUGGGUGUGAUAAAAUAUCCCGAAUUCCCGAAUUUUCAGCAAAUCUACCUUUGGAGGUAUUGACUCUUAGAUACUGUACACGAUUGGCUACAAUUGACACAUUUAUUGGUCAUCUUAAGAGGUUAGUCAAAUUGGAUAUUUACUGCUGCAAGAGUUUAAUGCAUCUCCCAAAGCUUCCUUCAAGUUUGGAAUAUUUGAAUGCUUCGAGGUGCAAAAUGAAGUCCCUCCCAACACUGUCAAACCUGGAAAAUUUAGAGGUAUUGUGCCUUGAUAGAUGUGAGAGUCUGGUGGAGAUACCAACUACAAUCAAUGCUCUUACAAGGCUGAAGUCACUCAGUUUAGAUCAAUGUCAUCACCUCCAAUACAUCCCACGUCUUCCCUCAGGUUUGAAAAGCUUGAAGGCAAAUUAUUGUACAUAUCUGAGAGAAAUAUCAGCUUUCUUGGACCUGAGAAAUUUAGAGGAAUUAUGUCUUAAUUGUUGCUUCAGUCUAACAAAAAUUGAAAGUCUUGAGGGAUUAAAUUCCCUGCAGCAGUUUGAGAUAAAUUACUGUCGCUCAUUGAGAAAAUUGCCAAAACUUCAGGGCUCAAAAGAAUUGAGGUACUUAGAGUUCAAUGAUAAAGUUUCCCUAUUUGAGAUUGAAGGCCUCGAGGGAUUGUACUCCUUAGAAAAGUUGAUUAUAGAGGACUGCCAUUUGUUAAGAGUAAUUGGAAAUUUGUCAGACUUGAAAAAUCUUGUGUGCAUAAAAAUCCUAAACUGUCGUAAGUUAUCUGAGAUUGAAGGCCUUGAGGGAUUGUACUCCUUGGAAGAGUUAAUUAUCAAGGAUUGCCAUUCAUUAAGAAUAAUUCCAAAUUUGUCAGACUCGAAAAAUCUUGUGUGCAUAAAAAUCCUAAACUGUCGUAAGUUAUCUGAGAUUGAAGGCCUUGAGGGAUUGUACUCCUUGGAAGAGUUAAUUAUAAGGAGUGCCAUUUAUUAAAAGUAAUUCCAAAUUUGUCAGAUUCAAAAAAUCUUACGUGUAUAAAAAUCCAAAACUCUUGUGAGUUAUCUAAGAUUGAAGGUCUUGAAGGAUUGUACUCUUUGGAAGAGUUGAUUAUUGAGAAGUGCCAUUUAUUAAGAGUAAUUCCAAGUUUGUCAGACUCGAAAAAUCUUAUGUGCAUAAAAAUCCGAAACUGCUGUGAGUUAUUUGAGAUUAAAUGCCUUGAGGGAUUGUACUCCCUGAAGGAGUUGAUUAUAGAGGAGUGCCAUUUAUUAAGAGUAAUUCCAAAUUUGUCAGACUCGAAAAAUCCUGUGUGCAUAAAAAUCCGAAACUGUAGUGAGUUAUCUGAGAUUAAAUGCCUUGAGGGAUUGUACUCCCUGAAGGAGUUGAUUAUAGAGGAGUGCCAUUUAUUAAGAGUAAUUCCAAAUUUGUCAGACUCGAAAAAUCCUGUGUGCAUAAAAAUCCGAAACUGUAGUGAGUUAUCUGAGAUUAAAUGCCUUGAGGGAUUGUACUCCUUGGAAAAGUUGAUUAUAGAGGAGUGCCAUUUAUUAAGAGUAACUCCAAAAUUUUCAGACUUCAAAAAUCUUGUGUGCAUAAAAAUCCACAACUGCUGUGAGUUAUUUGAGAUUGAGGGUCUUGACUCUUGAGGGAUUGAGUUCUCUGGAGGAACUGUCUUUAUCACAUUGCAGAUUAUUCAGAAAGAUACAGCUCCCCAAAAAACUGAGGAUAUUAGAUAUCCAUUGCUGUUAUAACUUAUCGGAGAUUGAGGGUCUUAAGGAUUUGGAAUCUUUGACAAAAUUUGACCUCAAGGGCUAUCAAUCAAUCAGAAGAUUACCAGGCUUAUCGAAUUUGAAGACGUUAAAGCAUUUGAGCCUGGGUUACUCUGCGGUGCCACUAGAUAUCGGCUUCCUUAAGGGAUUGGAAUUGCUAGAAGAAUUACAAAUUGAUAUAGCACCCCUAAAAGUGUUACCAGAUACCUCAACUUUGAAGAAUCUGAAAGGCCUAGAAGUCAGAAGUUGUUGUUGGUUGGAAAGAUUACCUAAUCUAUCAAGCUUUAAUAAGUUAAACCGGCUAUGCAUUUUGUAUUGUUCGACGCUAACUGAGAUCCCAAGUGUUGACAGAUUGAAGUCCUUGGAAGUAUUACAAGUGGUUAGAUGCGAUUCAAUGGAAAAAGUACCAGACUUGUCCAACUUAACGAAACUACAGGAAUUGCACAUCCAAAAAUGUGCAAAGUUAACUGAGAUUCCAGGAGUUGAUAGGUUGGAAACUCUAGAGAUCUUGUCUAUUGAUGGGUGUAUUUCUAUUGAAACAUUACCAUGUCUAACAAACUUAAAGAACUUGAGGACCAUAACAGCUUACGGCUGUGAGAAGUUAACAGAGAUUCGAGGUGUGGACAACGUAGCAAUAUAUGGAAUAUGCCCCUCUAUGUCAAAUUGGACAGAAUCUGAAUCGGUCAAGGCCGAUUCAUGGAUACAAGUGACACAUUGGUAUCUUUAGAGAAGUUGGAUGUUCAUGUGUAUGUACUUAUGAAAUUACAAACUAUUUUGAAAUACUACAGUCCAGUGAAGAGACCUUAUUAGGAGUGUGAAAGCCCAUCCAUUGCAGGAUGAGCUUCAAUCCCCAAUCUUUCUAGGAAAUGGAAAGCAAAAAAUCAUACAUGCAGGGAGGAUUUAGAUGAGAGAAAUGUUCUCUUGGAUGGUGGCAGGGGCACAAAGACAUUACAUAGUUUGCUUGAAGAAAGGAACACAAGGUUCUACAGCUUUGCAACCUCAGACAAAGUAGAUUCUCGAUUCCUUUGAAGAUUCGCAUAGGAAAGAAAGCAUGUUCAAAUAUGAUACGUUCUUAGUACAGUGGUGGCAGUGAAGGUGGGGAAAAUACCAUUAGAGGUGACCAAAGCACAGCAGACAAGAAGAAAGAAGAUACUAAGCCCAAUGCAUAACUCCGUGUGGCAUUUUCAUUUGGUUGAGUUUCUGCAUUUUUGUCUGCAAUUGCCGCUGCUAAAGCAGCAUUGUCAUGAUACGGUGAGGAGAUGAUGGCAUGGUUAGGUUAUAUGUUGUGACCUUAAUGGAAGCACAUUGCCUGUUGGCUGCAUUGACAAAGUAGGCAGAGCAUGGGCACCUUGAAUCUGUCAUUAGCUAUGUUGUUAAUGGAUGAUUAUCAGGGACACCAUGUCUCUUAUCUGCAGUUGCAAAUUGAAGAAAGGAAUUGCUUUUAUUUUUUGCUUUUUCAGUUUCGGAACCAGUAAUGCUUCUUCAUGGGAAAAUCAUUCAUCUCUUGUUUAUAUAUAUAUAUAUAUAUUUUUUUGCUUGUACAGAGAAGGAAGCAUGGUUGAACGAGAGCCAGCUUUAACUCUUUCAUGCUAUUAAGUAGCAUUUUGGCAUUGCUUGGGCAUCAAAUGUGAGAUUGUUCAUCCAUCUUAUCAAAUUUCCCUAGGUGUUGCCAAAGAGAAAGACGACAUGAUACCAGGACCGUUUUCAAACAAAAAAGUCAGAUGGUCCACUCUGUCUCACUCCCUCUCUCAGUUAGUCCCUCCCCUAGUAGCAUUCUGCUACUAAUGAAUGAUGGUCUCCCUCCACAUAUGCUCCUUUUCCCUUAAUUAUUGGAACACCCUUGGGUAUUGAUUAACAUUCUGUUUUGGUUUCAGUGAGGAAGCUCUUCUCACUGCUGAUGAAGAGUGCAUCUACCUCCCUUGAGUGAGUCAAGAAGUUGUCUCGCUGCUGCCACUUCUGUUACUGGUUCUCAUCAUCACCAACAGAGGGAGUGGACACAAUGAUGGAGGGCUUCCUUGUGUUGGAAUGGCAGGAAUGGACCUUGUUAUGUGUGUCUCGAAUUUUUAACCGUUUCGAAGAUUGACCUGCUCCGACAAAAUUUGGUGGCUACCCGAAUGGGAUAUAUAUUUCCCCCCUUAGAUCUAUGACUGAACACGACCCGAUGGAUCAUCCCGACUUAGAGGAGUAUUUAUACGUUAUGAUGUCUUGUUGUGUAAGCAUGUGAGAAUUGGGGUUUUUCGAAUUAGAGUUUCUGGACAAGUGUUCUUGCUACGAGUUUGGGUGUUCUUGAGAGAUCUCCAUUGUAAUAUUUCUUCCAACAUAGUGAAUCAUCUUCUUCACCGAAGGACAUAGCACAUCACAUUGAUGUGUGAACCUCGUUAAAUCUUUGUGUCAUCUUGCGUGAAUUUGUUCUUUUUCAAAGCAAGGUUUGUUCAUAAGGACGGCUUUCUCAGCAAGGGGAACAAGUCCUCCUCUAUUUGGUCGGGGCUGAAGAGAGUGUGGCAAUUUGUUUCAGACAUGGAAAGAUGGACGGUAAGAAAUGGGGAAAAAAUCAUGUUUUGGACAAUUAGAUGGUUAGAAAGCUCUUCUCUGGCAAAGUCUUCUAACUUGGAGCAGGAUAUGUUCACAGGGAGGAAGUUGCACUUGGCCGAUUUUAUUCAAUAUGGUGAGUGGUGCUUUCCUAAUGCCUCUUCGAUUUUACUUUCUGAUACUUUUGAGAAGGCUAAAAGAAUAUCUAUAUCGCCUUUGAAUGAUAUGUGUCAUUGGAAGUUAUCAAAUUCUGGAGCCUUUUCUUUGAGUUCAGUGUGGGAGGAGAUAAGGGGGAAAAAUCCGUAUGUUCCUUGGUUUUCUAUUAUAUGGAAAUCCAAGCUACAACCUCGGCAAGCUGUAUUUGGUUGGAGGUUUGCUUAUAGUCGGUUACUGACCUAUGCGGAGGUGUGCACACGGGGUGUGAUGUUGCCUUCUAGGUGUGGUUUGUGUGGUCGAGCAGAAGAAUCCAUUCCUCACCUAUUUAUUCAUUGUGAGUAUACCCAGGCUCUGUGGAAUUCAUUCUGUGAAUUAUUCAGUAUUAGGUGGCAGUCCUUUGUUAGGAUGGCAGACCUCUUAGCCUGGUGGAAACGGAAGGCAAAGUCCAUAACUUUUUCAAAGGUGUGACUUUGUGAAUUUAUCCUUAUUCCGUAUGCUGUCUUGAUGGAGAGGAACGCUAGAUAUCACGAUGGUGUGGCUCUUCAUCAUAAGCAUAUUUUUGCGAGGGUUAAAGGAGAACUUGGAAUGAUUUUCAGCGUUCAUCUUGGGAAGGCCCUUUCCAUCUCUGAUUUAUUAUGUGCUAGAAGAGUGGGAAUUCCGUGUGUAACAUGCAGACAUAGGGAGAUUGUUGAAGUGUGUUGGUGCCUUCCUUUUUGAGGUUGGAUAAAACUAAACACUGAUGGAUGCUCUUUGGGUAAUCCAGGAAAGGCGGGGGGAGGUGGCAUUUUUAGAAAUGAGAAGGGGGAGAGUCUUUUGAACUACAGAGAAUUUGUCGGUAUUAGAACGAACUUUGAAGCAGAAUUCUUGGCGGUUAUUGUGGGUCUUGAACAGGCUAAGUUGCAUGGUUUUUAGAACCUUUGGUUUGAAUGUGAUUCUUCCGUAGAGGUGAUCCUUGUAUCUAAAGGUCUGGUUCCAUGGUUUGCUCAACAGAGAUGGAGGGUUCUUCUACCUUUCAUGAAUUCAAUCAACUGAAAGGUGACGCAUUGUUAUCGAGAAGCAAAGGUGGUAGCUGAUUUCCUGGCUAAAUCAUCAGCUAGAUUUGAAGUUUCGUAUCCAGUGGAAGUGUGGCCUCAGCUGAUUUCGAUGGAAUUGGAUUUGGAUGCUGCUCAGCGUCCAAGAUUUCGAUUCCCGAAAUUUUCAUUUUGUUAGGCUAAGUUUUAGGGGGCCUUCUCCUGCUGAUGGCAAUGCCGAAGGUUGCAGUUGCUCAACUAGGGGUCUAAAGCAUUGAAAUCAGGUUUGAUGCAAAGAACUUGUGAUCUUCUACAUAAUGUUGACAUUGCGUUGAUAGAUUUUAGAUACAUUGCCAGCUAUUUCUGAUCUCUUAUGCCUGAAUUUUGAUAUAUAUGGUAUUAUGUGUGGGGUUCAUUUGUUGCAAACAGAAUUUGUAACCUUACUCAGAUACCCUCCUUAUGAUGAUGUGUCACUAUGAUGAGGCUCUAAACGUGUAAUUUCGGUUAA